UACAAACCACACAUGAUUGACAGAAGUUGCGGCUGCUGCUAGUUAAAUAGAUUUCUGAGUAUAAAUCUGCAGGGGCCUCAUCAUGGCGCAGGAGAAGAAUGAUGGAAUUAACAAGAACAUGAGCCUUCCACCCAUUCAGCAGAAAAGACCUGCUUUGUCAUGGGGGUUGAAGAUCAAGAAAAAGGUGAAGACUGUUCCUUCCUUUCUGGGCAAGUUAAGACCAGCUGUGGGUCAGUGUUGCCACCAGUGCACACCAGACAGUUUGAGCAAGAAGCUUGGACGAACCUCAUUUCUUGGCUUCCGUAACCUAUUAAGUAUUGAUGACAAACAAACCAGAUAUCGAGGCUGGCUGGUGCGGAGAGUUUGCUGUGUCUUGUUUGUGAGUGGGCGCAAGGUUUAUGGGCAUCCUGUUAGCGACAGGAUGGAGAGAGUCUGUCAGAGCAGCAGGGUGAAGGAGGCACUUGCAGCAGAUCAUAAAGCGCUCGAGGAGGAAGAUAGCCAAGGGCAGUCCAGUCCCCUCUCACUGUUCCUCCCCAUCAUUAACACCUGCAUUUCUCCCGGCCUCUUAAGAUUCCUAAGCUGGGUGAUUCUGAAGGUGUUUGCUUCAGUGUUUGGUGGUAUCCAGGUUAACCUCAAUCAUCUACCAGUUUUACACAAAGCUUCCCAAGAGGGCGCCCCGCUGGUUUAUGUGUAUGUGCGUCAGAGUGUCUUGGACUGCUCUCUCAUCCCGCUCGUUCUCUUCUGUCACAAUCUGAGGGUGCCAUACACUCUCUGCCCUCUGCAGAUUCAAAGCUCUUUUUUAAGAUCAGUUUUGCAGAAAGUAGGUGUAGUCCUCCUGCCCCCCAACAUGGCUGAGCUCGAAACUGAAGGGCACCCUCUGUACUCUGCUGUCAUGAUGUCUCUCUUACGUGAGCUGCUACAUGAGGGUCAGGUGUUAAGUGUUGGUGUGUCAGCAGAGUCUGGCCUGGGUGGCCAGUGGCUGGAUCGCAUCAGGCAGCUCAUCAAAGAGGGAUCUGUCCCUGAUGUCAGUGUGGUCCCUGUGGGCAUCUCGUAUGACUGCGUGACCAAGACCAACGUACAGGUCGGCUUAAGAUCUGUGUUGCUGCGACUGUUGUCUGUCCUUUGGAAGAAGCCAGAAGGAACUGUGAGGAUCGACUUUGCUCAGCCAUUUUCUCUCAAGGAGAUGUGUGAGUCAGGGAGGUGCAGCGUAGAUGAAUGGCUCCCUCUGCAGGACCUGUUGCUGCCUGUUAUCCUCAACAACAGAUCUAACAGUGUGUUUGGCAAAAGACGGAUGCUGUGGCUUCUGCCUUCUUUAUUUGCAUCUGAACUUGAAGAGGUGAAUCAGUCAGAUAGAGACCUCAGCAUUGCUGUCAUCCUUCACUUCAUCUUCUCAACGACUUCAUGCUUGGCUGUGAUGUCCACAAGUCUUGUGUCCAGUCUUUUGCUGUACAGACAUAGCAAGGGUGUGAGUAUGUCUGUCCUGUGUCGUGAUGUGGCUUGGCUCACUGAGGAACUCUUGCUCAGAAACCGAGACGUUGGCUUUGGGGGCAGUAUACCAGAGGUGGUUCACUAUUCCCUGACUCUGCUCGCUCCUCACCUCUUCAUUGCUGCAACACCACCAUCCAGGGAAGACCCUCUGAUUGUGCCCCGCCCCUCCUCCGUUCUCCACCUCUCCCUCCAGGCCCAAACGGUGGUCCACACCUUUAUGCUAGAAGCUGUUGGAGCAUGCGCAGUGUUGGCCAUGAUCUGCGAGGUCGUCUUCACUGGCCUUAACAGCAGUGUGAGGACUGACGGCGUUAACGGCAAAGAGGUCAAAGGUGACAUGGAGUUUAGCGUCGUGCUCGGUCAGUCAGAGCUAGUCGAGAAAGCCCUGCAGCUUUGCCAUCUCUUGCCUCCAGGCGUCAUGCCACCCUGUCAGUCGUCUCAAAGUUUCGCUCUGGAUGCUGUUGACAGUCUAGUCCGCUGUGGCAUCCUGAUCAUGGAAGAAAUUUCCAGAGAUGUUCCCAUCUGUGAUUUCAUGAAGAGGGAGGGGGCUCUGGCCUGGACCACCACUGACGACCCUUACCACAGUGACUCUGACUGCGAGGAGCAGGAGUCAUGCUCAUACAAGAUAAGUCAGCCACGUCAGUGUCCGGACAUGCUCUUCUUCCUCUGCAGCAUGUUGGCUGGACAUUUGAGUGCACUCUGUUGGACCAUCAAGACAUUGGACCUGAUGGAUGCUCCUAUGGCUGAGGCUGAGUUUGUGUCUUGGGUACACUCCCAUCUUUGUGACACAGCAAAUCAGAAGAAGCAGCACUAUGAGAGCUGCUCCAAGGAGGCGGCACACACUGCAGUUAGAACACUAAUAGACCUCGGGGUCCUUGUGGAGAAGCGUCAAACGGGAGGCAACUUCCUGGGUGUUAGUCCUUUGUUCCAGUUGUCAGAGAACAGAGAGAAACUGCACCGCUUCAUCUCUCAGUAUCUCUACAAUUAA